GUUAAAUCGUUUGCGAUGCUAGAAAUUUUCGAACGAAAACUAAAAAACCGAAAGUAUUUCGAGGAUAUAAUGUGCCAACUGUCAUUUAAGGCGCAGAAUGACGUCACCACAUCUACGCGCCGAUUGCUGAGCGCAGUCAUCUCUAAAAACUUAGCAAGAUUAAUUUCAUAUAAGGGUACUUCGGAAAAGACUGGUAUCCGAGAUUUCACAUUUUUCCAGCUUAUAAUUAUUGAUGUCAUCACUCGUAAACAAAUACAACUUGGUUCCACAGAGGAGGGCACAAUCGAUUCGAUAGUCAAAGCCACUAAAAACUGGUGCCAUGAUCAGCGGCUAAAGAAGAAAUUGGAUUUAUCACCAGAAGAGAUGUGUGCCGACGACAUUCAACUUGGGCCUGAUAACAGUUCACAAUCUAUUGAAUGUACACAACCACAAUGCCCAUUUCUUACCUUACUGAGGAAACAUAAACUGGGUUGUUUUGUGAAGGCAGUACUUCGUUUUGUGAACUUCAUGAAUCGUACAGAUUGCAUUCUAUUUUAUUCACUGAGUACUGAAACUAAACUAUGAGGGAAGUCACAUUUCCAAGGAGGAUGUAAUACAAGGUUCGUUUCUACAACUGUCGUCCUUAUUUCAGUUCCAUGUCAUCAAAAAUGUAUCAAUAGAGUUGUUCGUCAUUAAACCCAGAGACUUACGAAAAGCGAUAUAGGCAGAUUUUGAUUGGCUGUUGGCUAGCUGGCUUCUUAUUGGUCUAAAAUAUAAGUAAAAAUGGCAGUCUCUUUAUUUUGACACGGAAAGUUACAGUCAGUUUAAAGUCAGUCUUAACUUACCAUAAUAUAACGGCGUGUUAAUUUUUUUGGUGUGAGUGUAGUGUGAUAGUCACACGCUAUUUGGAUGCAUUUGUAGUAUUUAAAGUACAUUGAGAUAUAUGGGAAUGUCUAGUAAGUGAAUAUAAGUUAACAAUAAUUUUGAUGCAUUUAUUUUAAGUCCAAAAUAGGAUGUAUGCAUUUUUUGUUACUAUGGGAAUAGAAUUCAAUAAAAAUUGCUAAACGUAUAAUGUGUCUAAUUUUGGACAUGUAGAUAUAUUUUAGUGACCUGUGGGAAUUGCACAUACUAGGUCAACAUAAAUAAAGUAAAUUUCC